AUGUCUUCUCCUCUCGCUCACUUCCUGGAUGAUGUGAUUCAAGUGAUAUACCACCUGAAUCGUCAAUUGUUUCUUCUAUCCAAGGUUCAAAAUGACGAAUGGGUGCUUCAUAUCGGUCUUCUAGGUUCAGACAGUCGAUGGUGGCGCGGUAAAUGGGAUGAGGAAGAUGUUUUGGCUGUCGCUGGCUCUAAAUCAUCCUCAGAUGACCUUCUGGAAAUGUCGGAGAAGCUGUUGGAAUAUAUCGUUCAAGGAGAGUUAUUUCUAAGCGGAUGGAUUUCAAAGCACGUCCUUUUACCUCCUUUGACGGUUUCGACUAUAUUUUGCUUUCAGUUAAUAUUGGGCCCUUCGUCAGAGAAACCUUCGCAUUUUCAAUUGAAUGAGAUUUCAGCUGAGGAUGCUGCUUGUUAUGCCGCCGAAGUCUUCUGUAGCAUCGCGCGAGAUGCUCAAACGCGUAAGUGUCAACUUUAUGGCUCCUCCUUUGCGGUUGCCGCGGACGUCUCUACAACACACCUAAACAGUAAAAUGGUACAUAACUUCAGCAGUGUUGCCCUUCCGUUCGUAGAAACUGUUGUACCGAGCUCAUCGGAAAGCUUCGCAAACAGCGGGCUCGGAACGUCAAUCAAGAAACGCGAGGAACCGAAAUCGAAAAGGGUAGCAGAACAGCCUGCACCGUCUAAGAGGAGGAAAGAACAGAAGGAGGAGACUCAGUCUCCAGAUCCAGAAGCCAGCGCUUCUCUGGCGAAUCCAACCAAAAAAGCCAGAAAAUACCAAGCAGUGCAGUUUGAUAGUGACGAGGAUUAAUUUCGGUUUCGAGCAAGACACUAGACGUUGUUUGUAAGUGGGGAAAUCUCACCGCCCCACAUCGCAGAUCUGAUGUGGACCGUAGUGUUCAUAGUCCGUGAGUUGAACGCUGGUUGAAUGCAUGUUGGAAAGUGUGUAACGGAGGUAUUUCCCCGUCCCAGAGAAAAAAACAACUUGGAUCAGCUGCACGAGUUGCCAGACAUACUGCACUCCGGUGGUCCGCUCAGAGUCCCUAUUAUCGCCUGGAACUUGCUAGACGGUACAUACUUUAUAAUGACAGGACAUAUGCUAUGUGGUACGUACGUGCUCAUAUGUGUGGAACUUCUCCCUACUUCCAGACCUAAGAGCUAGAUUAUAUCUGUUGCGGCAGUUUGAGUUACGCGAAGGUCGGUUGAGGAUUGGCUGCGUGUAUACACUUUCAGUAAUCUUAAUCGUCGUAAUUCGCUGUUGAAAUCAAAUUGAGAACAUG